GUUUGUACUGGUGGAAAUUUUGCGCGAAGGCCCGUGUACUGCAAAGGGACAGAAUAAUGCAUGCAACUCAUGGGUGCGCAUAUGGAAGUGCGGGCUGAGCAUCUCUCUCAGGAUCACUAGUCAACAGCUGCCAUUCUCGCUGCGGAUCAGAUAGGGCUGCUGCAGCAAGGGAAGCUGGCGUCCCGCAGCUGAUCACACGUGUAUGAUCGGCAGGGAGUUGAAAAGCAAAGUUGAUUCUAGUCUGAUCUCCCGGUGUCUAUAGAGCACGGAGGGGGGACUCAUUGCAAACCCCGGCGCUCAGCAUGGCGGCAGAAGAAUCUGAAUCACGGCUUGUCCCAGCAGGCAGCUCUGACUCCAGUGCUCAAAAGCGCUUUCGUUUCAAGCUCCGCUCUCAGAGAUCCGGCGUUAACACAGCUGACGUCCGCCCCCGGAAUCAGGGCGGGAUUGCCCCCAUUGUCGCCAAAAAGGACGACCACAUUGUGCUCGACUUGAAAGACGGACACCCUUGUACAAUUUGGACCGUCCUCAGUCUCUGGUUUGUCUUCUUCUUCCCCUACAGCCCACUGUUCCUGCCCACCAUAGCCGCCGGGCUGUACAUAGCUUACCGCCAGCUGAGCCAUAGCGUAUGGCUCGUCUGGGCUGCUCUGAACAUCCUCUUCCUCCUCCUCCCUCCAUACUACAACCGCCUAUUUCGAGAGGAGUACUUCAGACGCUUAUACAUUACACUUGCACAUUACGCAAACUCGAGCAGGGCUGUAAUUCCAGCCAAACAGUACCCCCCUGGAAAGAGAUACAUUUUUGGGUUGCAUCCCCACGGGCGGGUUAUGUACUCAACUGCGUUGAUAAGCCAGCUACACGACGUUUUCCGGCGGGUGCUUCCUGAGGGGGGUGGGGACGUGUUUGGCGCUAUCGCCGCUGCAUUCUUCUACGUUCCAUUUGUUCGAAACUGGUUCUACAUGCUCGGCGCCAUUUCCGCUGCAAAGCCAUCGAUGCGAGCGCAACUAGAACGAGGCAACAAUGUUGCGAUCGUCGUGGGCGGUGUGAAGGAGGUCUGUCUGCCAACGUACCCCGACAAAGACGUGUUGUACCUGAAGAAGCGAUUCGGAUUCAUUAAGCUGGCCCUGGAAACCAAGGCCGGACUGGUUCCAGUCUACUUCUUCAAUGAGAACUCAUUGUUCAAGCCCCAGCCGCUGCGGUUCCUCAAGUUCUGGGAGGCCGUGAACCACUACGUCCCCAUCGGGGUGCCCCUGUUUCACGGCUUCUGGAACCUGCCCUUCCCGUAUCAACGGGAUCUGCUGAUGGCGUUCGGGGAGCCGCUUUUUGCAAAGGACGGCGAGACUGUGGAGGAGUUUCAUAGCCGGUACGUCGAAGCGGUCAAGCAGCUGUUCAACAAAUACGUAGGAAUGUCUGCGGAUCCGAAGCACAAACUGGUUCUCGUGUGACAUAUUCGUCUGUACAUCGAGAUUUUUGGGGAUUCCAAGGAGGUCUUACGUGAAAGCGAGAGGGAAGACAGAACAGUAAUUACUGACUAGUGACUUUGUAAGGAUCAGAGGAGUGCUGUACGUUUAAGACAGUCACGGGAUAUGCAAUCCUACUGACUGAGGUUUUGGAUCUACUCGAGCUCGCGUAAACGAUCCGUGCAUACUACUCUACCACUCUGAAAUGAAUCUUCUGCUCACUCCUCUGAUCAUACGUGAGUGUACGAAUUCACAUCUUCGUUACAGGGAUGAACAAAUACAAGCGAGUACUCAGUUUUCUCGAGAAUGAUUGUUAUAGUGACUCGUACCUUGAAAGCAUUAUAAACAGCACCUCCUCAUCGCCCCGACCGGCUUG